UUGACACGCUAGUAAUGACUAAAAUGAAUGACUCUGGUUCACAAUCGACACUUUACAUAUAAUUGCCUGGCAUGAAAAAGCGGCUGUCUCAGUUGGUAUGCAUUGAUCCCGAACAAUCGUGCUACUGUAGAGCGCAAUGAAGAAAGUUUCAUUGGUUGUCAUUCAACUAUUAAUUUCAGUGAUCGUUUUCUCUCAGGCAUCUUUAUCCGAGUGCAUCAAGAAGUCUAAGAAAGCUGAAAUUGAGCAAUGCUGUAACUUCCCUAAACCAAUUCCAAGCCGCUCGAUUCCCGCUUGUUCGAAAAAGUAUCAAAAUCUUAUGAGUGACCACAAGAAUCACGUUAUCUGCAUGGCCGAUUGCCAAUUUGUUGGCUUGGGUUUUUUGAAAAACGGAAAAAUUGACUUGAAAAACUUUCGUAAUACGACCGCAAAUGAGCUGGGAGCAAAUGAACCCGAGGCGCAAGAUACGAUCAGUCGGCUGGCGGAAAUGUGCGUUCGAAUUGUCCGGGAACAGGCCACGGCCAUCGUCAAUGCGGGCACCAAAUGUAACGCUACGGCUUUCAUUUUCCUGAAAUGUAUGGGCGAUGGAGUCUUCUCAAACUGUCCCGAUAAGUACUGGAGCACGAGGGAAAUUUGCACCAAAUACGAUCAAGGAAUUGCCUAUUGUGAGAAGGAAUAAAUUAUAAAUUAAUGAAUUAAAAGACCUUUAUUGUUACUUAUUUGAGA